AAGUGAAUAAUAUAUUAACAAAAAAUAAAAUUAAUUUCUUAAAAACAAUAAAAAAGCGUUGAACAAGUACGUUAGUGUCUGUUGAGCUGCUAGUAUAAUUAAAAUAUGUUAGAUGUUCAAUUCAUUAGAUAUACAGAUAAUUAUUUUUAUCCUUAAGUGAAUAAUUAUUUUUAUUAAGGGUGAGUGGCGUGUGGCAAGCCAAAUAGCGAUGGAGAAAGAAUGAUUAUUAAUGAAGGUGGAGUGGCUGCCAGUUGAAAAAGAAGAGAGUAUUGGAGUGAUAGUUAUUUUUUUGAAAUAACUAACAAUAUUUUUUUAAUUUGAAAUUUGAAAUUAGAGAAUUUAAAAUUUAAAAUUUGAUAUGAAAUAAUUGAAUAAGAGUUUUUAAAUUUAUUAUUUCGUGAGUAAUUUUUAUUUUAACUCAUAUUGGGCUAAAUAAGCAGCGCAUUGUACACAUUUUACAAGCAUUGUACACAUUUUAGUAUUUUACAAAUAUUUCAUUGGCUCACUCUUUAAUUUAUUAUUUAAAAAAUAUUCUUUUUAUGUCGCACAAUGACCAAACCACCCUCCGCCUUCGACGCUCUCAUGUCCGGUGCUCGCGCCGCUGCCGCCGCCGCCGCCGCUGCCAAGAAGAAGAAAUCCGAGCGGUCGCAGCAACCAACUGCUUCUUCUCCCAAGAAGCGAAAACCUUCAUCCUCCACUCUCCCCACUCCAACCUCCACGCUAAACCCUAAUGAAGAACCGGAGAAAGAAGGCCCUCCUCCGACCAAGACUCGCCACGUGUCUUCUCCAUCUGCCUUGCAGGAGCUGAAGAAGCGCGUUCCGCAGCUGACGGCGAAGCCUUCGAAAUUCGAUCCUAGCUCAGUGGCUUGUUGGGAGAAGGGCACGCCUGUGCCGUUCUCGUUACUGGCGUUGGCGCUUGACAUGAUUUCUCUGGAGCCUGGCAGAAUCAAGAUGACAGAUAUUGCGUGCAAUUUGAUGAAGACUGUGAUAUACUCUACCCCUGAGGAUCUUGUGCCUCUGAUUUAUCUCUUGGCGAAGAGGCUUGCUCCGGCGCAUGAAGGGCUGGAAUUGGGAAUUGGCGAGACUUCCAUUAUUAAGGCACUUGCUGAGGCAACUGGAAGAACUGAAUCCAAAAUCAAGAAGCUGUAUCAGGUGACUCUUUUGGGUUUUGUAGUCUUUGACUGUCUCUUUCCCAAUGGGGAUUGUUUGAUGAGUUGCCAUUUUGCUUUGACGAGGUUCCGUCUUAUUGCCAAGGAAUCUGGAAGAGACAGUCAAAUGAAGAAAAAGAAUCAUAUAAAGGCACUUCUUGUUGCUGCAACUGACUGCGAACCUAAAUAUCUUAUCCGUUUUCUACAGGGAAAAUUGCGGAUUGGUGUGGCUGAGCAAACUCUCUUAGCUGCAUUAGGCCAAGCAGCAGUACAGAGUGAAGAACAUUCUAAACCACCUGCUGGUAUUAAGUCUCCUUUGGAAGAGGCUGUAAAAAUUGUUAAACAAGUCUAUUCUGUUCUUCCUGUCUACGACGAAAUAGUAUCUGCACUUCUUACACAUGGUGUAUGGAAACUUCCAUCAACGUGUAAUUUUACUCCUGGUAUUCCAGUUGGACCUAUGCUGUCAAAACCGAGGAAGGGUAUCUCUGAUAUUCUAAAUUCAUUGCAAGAUGUGCAGUUUACUUGUGAAUACAAGUAUGAUGGAGAGCGUGCCCAGGUACAUUACAUGGAAAAUGGUUCAGUUGAGAUUUAUAGUAGAAAUGCUGAGCGGAAUACUGGGAAGUUUCCUGAUGUUGUUGCUGCAAUUUCAAGGUUAAAGAAAUCAACUGUAUCAUCAUUUGUUCUUGAUUGUGAAAUUGUUGGAUAUAAUCGUGAGAAACAGACCAUCCGUCCUUUCCAGGAUCUUAGUACUCGGCCUCAUAAAAAUGUAUCUGUGGAUAAUAUAAAGGUUGACGUCUGCAUAUUUGCUUUUGAUAUACUGUAUCUUAAUGGCCGAGUACUUCUUCAGGAUAACCUGAAAAUCCGUAGAGAGCAUCUUUAUGCCUCUUUUGAAGAAGAAACUGGAGUUUUUCAGUAUGCAACGGCAAUAACAUCAAAUGACACUGAGGAAAUUCAGAAAUUUCUCGACAAAGCUGUUGGAUCAAGCUGUGAGGGAUUAAUCAUUAAAACUUUAAAUGAAGAUUCUACAUAUGAACCUUCCAAUCGGUCAAACAAUUGGCUAAAACUGAAGAAAGAUUAUCUGGAUAACAUAGGGGACUCGAUGGAUUUGGUACCUAUAGCUGCAUUCCACGGACGUGGGAAACGUACAGGAGUCUAUGGUGCUUUUCUUCUUGCUUGCUAUGACUACAAUAACGAAGAAUUUCAAAGUAUUUGUAAGAUUGGAACGGGAUUUACUGAAGAAGUGCUCGAAGAGCGUUCUAAAAGUCUUGGUUCUCAAGUGAUUCCUGGGCCAAAGCGAUACUAUCGAUAUGGAGAUAAAAUGAAGCCUGAUGUCUGGUUUGAAGCUAGCGAGGUAUGGGAGGUGAAAGCUGCAGAUUUGACCAUCAGCCCAGUUCACCGAGCUGCAGUGGGCAUAGUAGAUUCAGAUAAGGGCAUAUCUCUUAGAUUCCCACGGCUAGUUCGAGUUCGACCUGACAAAACACCCGAGCAGGCCUCAUUAUCUGAGCAGGUUGCUGAGAUGUAUAAUGUUCAAAAAGCCACUCAAACUAAAGAAAAAGAAAAAGAAAAAGAAAAAGAAACAACCAAACAGGAUGGUAGUGAGUCACCAAAAAAACAGAUUUGCAGCGAAGACGAAGAUGAAGACGAAGACGAAGUCGCAGAUGAAGAUGUAGAUGUAGAUGUAAUGCAUAUGAAGAUGAAGAUAAGUGAGCUGCUGUCAUACACUAUUGUACCAAUAGAAUCUCAGCAUUUUUGCUGAUCAUCCAAUGUUAGUCUAAUGUGCAGAGGAAAAUUCUUUACAUAUAAGCAUAUGUAGAGAUCAUAGUUGCUUAUUUUUCAUAAAUUGAAAAUUUAGCUUGCAAUGUGGAAUUGGCAUUUGCGUCAAAUUACAUUGUUAUUUGGAUAAUCUUGGGAAGUUUUCCUUCCUUGUUCAUGUAGCGGCUAGUGUUAACUUGUAUAGAAAUUUUGUUUCCCCUUUGACAAGUUAAGGCUGCUUAGCAAUUUGCA